CAUUGAGCCCUCUCUGUCUUCUGUGCACUGGGAGCAGCUCUCCUGCCACAGCCCCUCAUCCCCUGAAAAUGUAUACCUGUGCAAAGUUCGUCUCCUCCCCCUUCUUGGUCAGGAGCACCUCUCAGCUGUUGAGCCGAUCACUGUCUGCAGUGGCACUAAAACCACCAGAGACACUGACAGAUGAGAGCCUCAGCAGCUGGGCAGCCCCACGUCCCCUGACCUCACUUAUUCCUAGCCGCGGUUUCCAAACCAGCGCUGCUUCAAGGGACAUCGACACAGCAGCCAAGUUCAUUGGGGCUGGGGCUGCCACAGUUGGGGUGGCUGGUUCUGGGGCUGGAAUUGGGACUGUGUUUGGGAGCCUCAUCAUUGGUUAUGCCAGGAACCCCUCUCUGAAGCAGCAGCUCUUCUCCUACGCCAUUCUGGGCUUUGCUCUCUCGGAGGCCAUGGGGCUAUUUUGCCUGAUGGUGGCCUUUCUCAUCCUCUUCGCCAUGUGAAGGAGCCGUCUCCACCUCCCAUAGGUCUUUUUCCCGUGUCAUGUCUGCCCUGUAUGUUCCUUUUCCUAUACCUCCCCAGGCAGCCUGGGGAAAAUGGUUGGCUCAGGGUUUGACAGAGGGAAGACAAAUAAAUACUGUAUUAAUAAAAAAAAAAAAAAAAAAAAAAAAAAAAAAGAA